AUGGGCCGGCCGAAGCUGGCAGAGACGGGUGGCAGCAGGCCACCGAGUGCGUAUGCGCUCUUCUGUGGCUGGGUCGCUCGGGAAGGCCUGACGGUCGCUCAGGCCGCUCGUCGCCGCAUCCACGGAAAGAGGAUGGUUCGAGACAAGCCCUCCAUGAGUCUGAAGAAGCACAAGAAAAGCAAGGACAUUCGGAAAAGGUUUUUCGCAGAGGCCAGACAGCAUUACGAGGACAACCGCAACAAGGCCACCGCUUUUCUGAAAGGGCAGGGACCUCCGGCUGCUGCAGUGAAACAAAACGAGGGAAGCAAGGACGUUCGGAGGGCAGAAGAGGACGACGAGAAGUGGCGUGACACACAGGACGUGCUCCUGGACGUCUGGACUUGGACUCUCGGGUUGCCACUGGGGCCGCUGGAGCCGGCAGGCGAGGGGUCCUACGGCAUGGUCUUUCGCUCAAGCUUCCAACACCAGCCGCUCGUGCUGAAAGUGGCUAAAGGCCGAGGGCCAGAGGGCAUGCGACAGGUCGCUGCGGCCGGACAGGAGGUUGCGGACGAGUUCGGCGUUCUCACAGCCGUCGGCCAACACCCAAACGUCGUGCGAGCGUUCGCGGUUCUCACCAGCUCCCUUGGUCGGCCGGCCUUGCUGCUGGAGGCAGCCACGGAGAGCUUGCGUGCCGCCACUCGCAGGCUCAAAGACGACCGAGUCUCCUGGCCGACAAACCGCAAGACACUUCUGCCGUUCUUCCAGCAGUUCCUGCUCGGCCUCUCGUACGUGCACGGCCGUUCGUUUUUGCACCUCGACAUCAAGCCAGGCAACAUUCUGGUCUUUAACGACGUCCGAGCUGCCGUCGCCGACUUCGGACUCGCCCAGAAGGUUGUGCAGGAUGGCUGUUCGGUCAUCGGCAGUCGGGCCUACAGCGAAGCUUUCCGCUGCCCGGAGUGCCUCCUUGCAGCCGACAAUCUGAAGUCUCCAGAAGCCACUGAAAUCGCCCAAUACUCGUCAAAAUUUCGAUUAGUGCGAGUGACGUUCGCAGCAGACGUCUGGGCGGCGGCCGUGACCUUCUUCGAGACUUUCUGCCCGCCGAAGACGUCGCUCUGGAAAGUCUCCCCGCAGACGUUCGUGCGGGAGACGGAGGAUCACUGCCAGGUCUGUUCGCGACAUGGCCACUCAGCUUUCGGCCAAAGUGAUGCCGUACGACAAGAUCAUGCUCCAGGUGCUCGAGAGGUCGUUCGUGCCGGCAAAACAGAGGCUGUCUCUUGCCACCUUCCUGGCUCUGACUGA